UUGCUCUCAAAGUUCGUUCUUGGUUGGUAUUUGCAAGCCAUGGAGAGUGACUUUUACCUGCGCUACUACGUGGGUCACAAGGGCAAGUUUGGCCAUGAGUUCCUGGAGUUUGAGUUCCGACCCGAUGGGAAAUUGAGAUACGCCAACAACAGUAAUUACAAAAAUGAUGUCAUGAUCAGAAAAGAGGCUUAUGUACAUAAAAGUGUGAUGGAGGAACUAAAGAGAAUAGUUGAUGACAGUGAAAUUACCAAAGAAGAUGAUGCUUUGUGGCCUCCUCCUGACCGAGUGGGCUGGCAGGAGCUUGAAAUCGUUAUUGGUGAUGAACACAUUUCUUUCACAACAUCGAAAAUUGGUUCCCUUAUUGAUGUCAAUCAGUGCAAGGACCCAGAAGGCUUACGAGUAUUUUAUUAUCUUGUCCAGGACCUGAAGUGUUUGGUCUUCAGUCUUAUUGGAUUACACUUCAAGAUUCAACCAAUUUAGAUGGAAUAUUGCUGUGGACAUGGGGGGGUUGGGAGUAGUU